AUGACAGUGCAACAGCGCUUAUUGACAAGUGAGUUAGUCAGCAAGUCGGACAUAGAAAGUUUAUAGUUCGGAGCUCUGUAGUUGAUUUUAGACAAAUUUCUUUAUUAUCAAUAUGUCUGGCCACAAUUACGUGACAAAUCCUAAUAGUUUGUUUGAAGAUGACGACGUGGACGACGAAACAUUUCUAAAAAAUUCGCGUGUGAAUCCAACAAGCGCAAACAGCACAAAUCCGUUCGAACAACAAAAGCAAGCGUUCGAGGAGAAACGUCGGGAAAUCGAGAAUCGCACUUUGGAGUCGUCGAAACGUAGUUUAGGUCUCCUGAUCGAAACGGAAGAAGUCGGCAAGGCCACAGCUGGCGAGCUGCAAAAACAAAGAGAGCAAUUAGAGAAAACCAGUCGCCAGCUCGACGAAAUCGGUGCAACGCUACGCUUCAGCCAGAAGCAUCUGAACGGCUUGAAGAGUGUUUUCGGCGGCCUGAAAAACUAUCUGGCCGGAAAUCGAGAGAUGGCACCGCGGCCGCCCCCAUCCACAUCGGCCAGUGGCACACAAAUGGGAUCACCGAUACCUCAAGAUAAUGGUCUCGGGGCAGCUAUGCCGAUAUCUGCCGAGGACCGAUACAACUCGCAUCCUAUCAACCGUCUCCGGAGUGAUGAGGUCGUGAAAGUUCAAUCACCUCAGAAGGCUUUUGAUUCUCAGCUCGAGGAAAAUUUGGGUGAAAUGUGUGAGAGCCUCUCGCGCUUGAAGAACCUGGGGCUGGACCUCAAGAGUGAGAUCGAAAGCCAGAACGACCUGCUGGACAACAUGAACGACAAAAUCGAGGAUGUGGACAUUCGGAUGUCGAAGCAGAACAAGGAGAUGAACAAGCUCCUCGGCAAGUAGAGACUGAAUCGGCGUUUUUCUCAGCACCAAUGCCCGCGAUAAGCAAUUUCCUAAUCAAGUUAGUCAUAGAUCGCAUCUGCGUACAUCAAUAAAGCUGUAAAUAACCAGUUUUCUUCUCUAUGGAUAUUUUCUAUUUGUUGAAGCUGCGAAUGAGCGAAAUGUUUUAUUUUUAUUCUCAUAUUCCUCAUACAGCGCAUAUCUCCAAUGCCAUGCAUGCUAGCGUUGCAAUUAGUCGUACCGUUAAGUGAUAAGAAACGUAAGAAUAAGUUUGAGUUGUUAAAAGUAUUCUAGAAGAGGAAGUAAAUGUUUUUUGAAGGAAAA